AAAAAAGUAAAGGCUCCUCUCCAGAAAAGGCAAUGGUAUUUGGCUUACAAUGGGGUCUGGAAUCCCAUUCUCACAAAGGGGGGAAGGGAGUAUCUUUUUCAGGGUUUAAGGGCCCUCUAGGGGCCUCCCUUCUCUCUUGGGCAGGGUUGAGGAGGCAGUGCCCUAGGCCUCCUUAUCUCCAGAGCCAGCCCUGGCUCUCCGGAGUGGGCCCCCUCAGUCAGGACUCUUUGCUAUGGGGUCUGUGUUCCCCCUGUCGCUGUUGCUCUUGUUGGCAACUGCAUACUGGGGAAACGAGAGUGUACUGGGGCGCCCGGUGAAGCGGGAACAAAGCCUCAGGUACAACCCUCCUGCACCCUUCAGGACCUCAGCGCCAUUCUGGGUGCGCAUAAGUCCGGAGUCCGUGGCGGUGCCGCCGGGGGGCUCAGUGUGGUUCAACUGCAGCAGCAGCUGUCCCCUGCCACAGAAUUCCAGUCUCUACACCCAUCUGCGGCGGGGAAAGACGUUCAGUGGACCGGCUUGGAUAUCUUACCAGCUACUCGACGUGAGGACCUGGAUCUCCGACGUGCGCUGCUUCGUCACCUGCUUAGGAGAAACGCGCGGGGCCACCGCCAGGAUAACCACCUACAAAGCACCGCACAGCGUGACUAUGGAGCCUCCGGUCUUAGAUGGUGGCAAGUAUACUCUGCGCUGUCACGUGACACGCGUGUUCCCUGUGGGUUUCUUGGUGGUGACCCUGAAGUGCGGCGUCCGGGUCAUCUAUUCUGAAAGCCUGGAGCGCUUCACUCGUCUGGAUCCAGCCAAUGUGACGCUGAUCCACGCAUUUCCCGCUGGACCCCGCGACUUCGGGCAGCCGGUGACCUGCCUCGCCUGCCUCAAUCUUGAUGGCCUGGUGGUGUGCAGCAGCUCAGCACCCAUUAUGCUGACGCUCGCUUGGAGCCCUGCAUCCAAAGCGUUGGCCUCCACUUCCUUCGCAGCCCUUGUGGGGAUCCUUCUCAUCGUGGGGGCUACCUACCUGCGCAAGUGCCUGGUGAUGCAGUCUCGGACAUAGAAAAAAGGAAUCUGGAACAAUGUGGGAAAAACUCCGGAUCA